GUAGAGCAAGUAGUCCAACAUGGCGCUUAUGUCGAUCGCUCGAGAGUGAAGUGGAAACCGCAACUAAGUUGAAAGAGUUCAGGUGAUUUUCAGUGGCAGAAAGUCGAUUAAAACAGUUUAGUGUGUGCAGACUUCUUAUUUCGGCUUCUGGAGAAUGAAGGGGAAAGAGCGGUCGCCGGUGAAGAAACGCUCCCGGGCGCCAGAUGAAGGCAGAGACCGAGGAGGGAGCCACCCGGGCGGCAAGAAGCCCGGAGCCCUGUCGACGGUCGGCAGCAACAACGGCUCGGCUCACAGCGGAGCUUCAUCCAGGAGAAGUUUACACGGCGACAAAAGAGACAUGAGGGAGUCAGACGGACACAAUUCAUCCAGUCGGACUAGCAGCGGUUACGACUACGGAGUUGUUUCGGGGAACAAGCCGUACGGCGGCGCUGACAUCGAUGCGGAAACAUCCAGGUCCGGUUCACGCAGCGAGCCGCGGCCUCCAGAAAACGACUACAAGACUCUCAAAAUAAGCGGACUGGGAAACCAGCUGAACGACGAGGAGAUAGAGGACGGGCUGUUCCACGAGUUUAAGAAGUUUGGUGACGUGAGCGUUAAAAUAAGUCGAGAAAACGACGAAAGGGUGGCUUAUGUGAACUUCAGGAGGCCGGAGGACGCCCGGUCGGCCAAACACGCCCGCGGGAAGCUGGUGCUGUACGACCGGCCUCUGAAAAUAGAGACAAUCUACACAAACAGACGCAGGAGCCGCUCCCCUGUUUCAAAAGACAAUUUCUCCUCAGGACACAGGCAUCUCCACUCUCAGAGGCCCCUGUCUCCCUCUGGUAUGGGCUACAGAGACUACCGGUUACAGCAGCUGGCUCUGGGCCGCCUCCCCCCUCCUCCUCCUCCACCUCACAUAAGAGACAUGGAGAGAGACAGAGAUUUUUCUGUGUAUGAUGCCAGGAAUAGACCCCCGUUCAUCCCUGAGUGUGCUGUUUACCGGGACGAGGACCUAAUAAGCCCUGAGGUUGACCAGAGGGCCAACAGGACUUUGUUUCUGGGCAAUCUGGACGUCAGUGUGACAGAGAGUGACCUGCGGAGGGCGUUUGACAGGUUUGGGGUGAUAACAGAGGUGGACAUAAAGCGGACAGUGAGAGGACAGAACAACACCUAUGGCUUCAUCAAGUUUGAGAAUCUUGACAUGGCUCACCGUGCCAAAGUAGCGAUGUCAGGGAAAGUGGUGGGCCACAACCCAAUUAAAAUAGGCUACGGUAAACCCACACCCACGACCAGGCUGUGGGUGGGGGGCCUUGGACCCUGGGUUCCACUCGCUGCACUGGCCAAGGAGUUUGACCGCUUUGGCACCAUCAGGACUAUAGACUACAGGAAAGGGGAAGUGUGGGCCUACAUUCAGUAUGAAAGUCUGGAUGCUGCUCAGGCUGCAUGCACUCACAUGAGAGGCUUCCCUCUGGGGGGCCCUGACAGGAGACUCAGAGUGGACUUUGCGGUCACAGAGCAUCGCUACCAGCAGCCGCCGCCGUAUGUGCAGAUCCCUCUCGCCCUGCCACACUAUGACUUUGUUCCUGAGCCCUUUGCCCACCGCCUUACAGACUCCGUGAGAGUGAGGGACAGGUCCCCUCCAGGCCCUGCCCGCUUUAGAGACAGGGACCCGUACUCCAGUGCUGAAUGGCCUGGCGCGGGUGCCCUCGACAGGAUGCGAGGAGCAGGCUUUGAUCCCAUAGAUCGUCUGGACCGGCGUUCCCAUGACGCCUGGCCAAUAGAGCCUGAGUUACAAGGCUCAAGAGAUCUAAACCGCAAAAGGAGACAUUUGGAAGAUGGCGGUCGGCUGGGUCAUUCACCUGACAACGGUGACUGCGGCCUGCGCCGGCGUGGCAACUCAUUAGAGCGUAGCCCUGGAGGGAGCAGCCGAGAUGGGGGACGCUACAGUGACCCUGAACGCAUGUCUCGAACUGGCAAAACCUCCCCUGGCAGAGAGCGCCAGAACGCUGCCUUUGGAGACAAGAGAAGAAGAACACUUAGCCCAACAGUGCCAGGCUCUGAUAAAGACCGCAAACGCAAAGCCAGUGACCCUUCAAAAAGCCCGGUGAGGAAGGAGGAUCGCUUAGAACUGUCUUCCUCCUCUAAAUCUGGCCAGCAGUCCAAGCCGGCAGCUGGAGGACAUAAGCUGAGUCAGGUCUGGCAGGGUGUCCUCCUGCUGAAGAACAGCAGCUUUCCCACAUCACUGCACCUGCUGGAGGGGGACAUGGCAGUGGCUAAAAGUCUGCUGCUGCAGGGCCCUGCAGGGGCUCAAGCGUCCCAGUUGAAGAUCAGCCAGCGCCUGCGCCUGGACCAGCCCAAGCUGGAGGAAGUCUCUCGUCGCAUCAAGGCCGCCGGCUCCAGCGGGUAUGCCAUCCUCCUGGCCAUGCCCGGGAAAACUGAGGAGGGAGCGAUCCAGGACGCCUGCAGCUCCGGCGAGAGACCGCUAAAGAAUCUGGUGUCCUACCUGAAGCAGAAGGAGGCGGCCGGCAUCAUCAGCCUCCCUGUGGGGGGCGGCCGAGACAAGGACCACGGAGGAGUCCUUCAUGCUUUCCCCCCAUGUGAGUUCUCACAGCAGUUUGUGGAUGCCUCUGCCAAAGCCUUUGCCAAAUCAGAGGACGACUACAUGGUGAUGGUGAUCAUCAAAGGAGCGUGAUUAAAAAAAAAUGUCUCUUUUCACACUCAUGAAUUGUUAAACUGUGAGUUGUAUAAACAGGGAGAAGUAAUGAUAACAAAACAGGAUGUGAGGAGAAGUUCCCUAACCUGCAUGGUAGCUUGUGUCUCAUCCUGUUGAAGGUUUAUAGAAAUGAAAGUCACAUUGAAUUGAAUGCAUUUGGAUAAACUGAUAAAUUUGAUUAUUAAUCCAGGUGAUGCGCUGCUUUCUGCGAUUUAGUUCUCUGAUAAUGUACAUUACUUGAAGGGUACUCUGCUUAAAGUAAUUCAGAGCAAGCUACAGUUCUGUGGAUCAAUACUAUAUGUUGCCUUAUCUCAUUUAAAAAGAAACGCCAUUCCUUAAUAUCAUUUCAUAAAAUGCCUGCCUAUAACAAAAAAGAAGAAUUUAACAUCCGAAACAGAGUAUUUUUGCUUUCAUUUUAUCUGUACUCAGCAUAGAUUUAACCAGCCAGUGUCAACAUAUUUGUAGUGCUAUAAUGUUUGUACAGCCAGCCUAUGAAAGAAUUAAAUCCAACCCAUGUACAUAUGAUUUAGGAAAUAUAUCUAUUUAAAGCUUUACCCAUUGCUCAUUAACAGACAUAUUCCAGAUGUGCAUCUGUAUUACUUUUUUCUGACCAAGUAAACAUUUUGACUCAAAGUUUCAUCAUAUAUUUUUGUCAGUUUUGGCCAGUCCUUUAGCUUAAAGCUAAAGAAAAUAUUGGAAAGAAACUGUGUUAAAUUCAGAAGGGCAUUAAGGGUUAUAGUACAACAGAUCACAUGAUUGCCUGUGCUCCUUUUUUGAGCCACAUCUGGAGGUUUAUGUGACAAGUUGAAAUCAAUGCAGUUUUUUGUCUGUUAUUCACAAUUUUUUUUAUUAAGCACUGUUCUGUGUACAUAGAGGUGGACACAAGCAACAAUCACCUGUACAUUAUAAUGCAGUUCAGUACAAUAACCAUGCAAAUAAUACAGCCGUUAUUAAGCUAAUUCUUUUUAUUUUAUUUCAAAAUGAUGCCAGAGAGCAGAAGCUCUGUUGAACUGCAUUAUGCUGUAAUCUAAUACUUAGGGCUGGAAUUUAUUAUUAUUUGUCAUUAUGGAUUUAGCUGUUGCUUCUUUUCUUGACCAAUUGAUUAUUAUUUGGUCUAUAAAACAUAAAAAAGUGAAAAAACAAACACAUUUUUGCCAAGGUGAUGUUUUCAUGUCUUAAAAUAGCUUUUUAUGGUCUUACCAAUAGUCCAAAACCCAAAGAUAUGAUGAUAUAUAAAUUACCAAGUUAAUUCUGAUCAUUCCAGUUCUAAAUAUUAAAUAUUAUACAGGGGGUUUUCUAUACAAAACUGAAUGUUAAGAGCUGUGCAAAGGUAUUGUACAUCUGGUGUUUUGAAUUAUAUUCCUACAGAGUUGCUUUUGUGUCCACCCCUUUUAUAUUGUACUUUUAUUGGCAUCAAAUUCAAUUUGGUUGAACAGUAAUUGGCUGAUUCCUCAAUUCUGUCAUGUUUAUUAUCCACAAAUUACAGAAACUACCCCAGCAAAGCAUGUACUGUUUCAGAAAAAGAUGAUGUAAUCUGUAAAUUAAGAGCUCUACGUACGCCACGCACAUCUCUAAUGACUGACCGGGAGUCUAGAAGUAGAAAAUAUUGCUAUGGACUUCUGAAUGGAUGAGAGGAGAGAAGGCUGAUCUCCAGUGGCCUUACACGCCUUCCUCUGAACAGACUGUUAAUGAUUGUUUUUGAUGCUUUGAUUUGAGUGUUUCAAAUGGGAAAAAGAGAGAAAUGAUUUGUGCUGUAUACUCAGGAUAUCUGGAGAGAGAAAUGGAGAACGUCAGUGCUCAUGGGCCUAAGAAGUAUACCUAACUGUCACAGUGCAACAUGCACUUGAUAGAUUUUGUCUCAAUAAAUUUACUCUUUCGUGGGAAACA